UUGAAUGCUCAAGUCCUUAGCCAAAAAGCCACAUCCUCAAAGGACAUUUGGGCUUACAGAGGUCCUGAGAUUCCUGACAAAUACAUCGUUUUACAAAUCUCCCCAAAAUGUAAAGAGACAUGAUGUAUUCAUACGACAACAAGGAUGACAAACAUACCGAAACCAAGAAACCCACAAACAAUACCAGGGUAAUACAUCAGGAAAAGAGACAUUGCUAGUAAAGGAAAUUCAGUGAAAAACAACAAGCAAGAGAGAUAGCCUGGAAGGAAAAGGAGAAACCACAAAAAAACCCACAUCAGCAGCACAACUGCCCCACAUGUCGAUACCCAGAGCUUUCGAAUCCGCCACUCAACCACUGCAGCCAACCUCCCCCCAACACACCACCAGCAAAGCACCGCCACCGCCCUCCCCGCGCGCGGCCACCCCACCAACGCACUUCCCCGAGACCACCGCAGCCACCAGCCAAAACCGAAAACCACAGCCGGAAACUCGCCGCAAUCGGAAAGCGAGGAAGGCAAAGCCGCGGCACCGCAUAAAGCCGGCCACCCGGCAGCACCCCAAGCACAGCGCCCGCCCGCACCACCACCACCACCAACCACCAAGCCUCCUGCCCAGCACCACCCACGCAGCACCCACAGCCCCACCAUGGCUGCGCCCGCAACCCCACAGCCCCGCCGGCCGCACCGCGCCCCGGCGCUCCUGCUCCUCCUGCCGGCUCUCGCCACCGCCCUCGCCUGCCACCACCUGCGUCCCCGCGACGCCACCUUCCCCUGGGACAGCCUCCAGCUCCUCCAGGCCAUGGCUCCCAGCCCGCCACAGCCCUGCCACCACCAGCAGGCGCCCUUCUUCCCCGACACCCUCCUCCACACCAACCACCCACAGCAAGCCGCCGCCACCGCCCUCCGCAUCCUCCAGCACCUCUUCGCCACCCUCAGCAGCCCCAGCGCCCCCCAACACUGGGACGCACAGGCACGACACCACCUCCUCAACAACCUCCAGCACCACAUCCACCAGCUCCAGCAAUGCCUGCCAGCCAACGGCAUGCUCCUCCAAGGCCGAGGGCCCCGCAACCUGCUGCUCAACGUCAACAAAUACUUCCGCCACAUCCACGACUUCCUCCACACCCACAACCACAGCGCCUGCGCCUGGGACCACGUCCGCCUCGAAGCUCGCGUCUGCUUCCAACACCUCCACAACCUCACCCGCACCGUCCCCAGUUAGCCCAGCGACCCCCACCAACCCCCACGGCCCCACGCCCCGCCGCCACCACCGCUUCUGCACCAUCCAUUCAGCCCCAUCCCCGCCUCUGUCCUCCCGCCUCCCCUGACCGACGGCAAGAGCCGACGCAAGAACCGCCCGGCACCCUCAGCCUCCGCUGACGGCUCCUCUCUUUAGAGACCUCGUUCUAUUUAUUUUCACAAUCGUUUUUAUCUAGCUAUUUAUUCACCUAUUUAUUCGACAGAAAAAUAAAGACCUGUUGCAAAAAGCUUG